AUGUUGCCAAAUGUGUGUACUGAGCAGGAGGUGAAGCUUGUGGCCCAGAUGCAGCCGUGCGUCCAGGCCUUCACGCGGAUGGUUAAAGCCUGGAAACAGGGAUGCCAGGGACAGUCGUGGUGCAUGGGCUACGAGAGGAGAACGGCUUACUAUACUGCAUACAGACAGGUGUAUCGACAGGAGCACCAGACGGUUUACAAGUGCUGCCCAGGAUGGUCACAGCUCAACGGGGAGGCCGGAUGCCUAUAUCCUGUGUGCAGUUACGGCGUGUGCUUUAAUGGAGGUCAGUGCAGAGAAGGUUCUGCUCAACUCUGCCACUGUCCGGCCGGAUUCAGCGGUCCGAGUUGCCAGUACGAUGUGAACGAGUGUGAAGAGACCAAUGGAGGGUGUGAAGCUCUUUGCUGUAACACCAUCGGCAGUUUCUACUGCAAGUGUCCCGCAGGUCAAGAGCUCAAAGAAGAUGGCAAGGCCUGCCAGGAUAUUGACGAAUGCCAGGUGCAUAACGGCGGCUGCCAGCACAAGUGUGUGAACACCAGGGGUUCAUAUCACUGCCAGUGUAACGCUGGAUCUCGACUGCACGUUGACGGACGCACAUGCAUCGCCAUCCACUCCUGUAGCGUUGGGAACGGUGGCUGCGAGCAUUUCUGCGUCCAGCAGACGGCAGGUCAUUUCCAGUGCCGCUGCCGACCCGGUUACAGACUCGACGUGGACGGGAAACAUUGCAAAUCGGAGAAUCGGUGUAUGGAGCGAAACGGCAGUUGUUCUCAGGAAUGCCGCAGGGAUGGAGAUCAGGCCCGCUGUGGAUGUCGUCCAGGUUAUCAACUGGCUGAAGAUGGCAAGACCUGUGAAGACAUUGACGAGUGUCAGACGGGCCAGGCGGACUGCGCUCACGGUUGUCGUAACACCAGGGGAUCUUUCAUGUGUGUGUGUCCCACUGCCUAUGAGCUGGGUGUUGAUGGCAAGCAGUGCUAUCGUAUCGAGAUGGAGAUUGUAAACAGCUGUGAUCAUAAUAACGGUGGAUGUUCUUAUCACUGCGAACAUUCAACCAGUGGACCUGUAUGCAGCUGUAACCAAGGAUACCAGCUGGACGUCGACCACAAGACCUGCAUCGAUAUAAACGAGUGUGUAGAUGGCAGCUCGUGUUGUGAGCACGACUGCACAAACUAUCCUGGAGGUUACGAGUGUUACUGUACAGCUGGAUAUCGACUGAACGCUGAUGGAUGCAGCUGUGAUGAUAUAGACGAGUGUUUGGCUGCAAAUGGAGGAUGUGAUCACACGUGUCAGAACAGCGCCGGCUCCUUCCAGUGCUCCUGUAGACGCGGCUAUCGUCUCGAUGAGGACAGACACUCAUGUAUAUUGCUGAAGGAGUCGGUGGAGGCGUUGAGCAGUGGUCAGGUGGUGGACAGACCCCGACCUCAGCUCGCUAUUCUGCAGGACUAUGAGAAAAUCCUGGAGCAAUACGACGACUAUGAGGACGACACGGGAGAACUGCACGCUGAGAGCACCUUAACUGAGAAAUUCAUAUGUUUGAACGAUUCGUUCGGCUUCGACUGCAGUCUGUCGUGUGAGGACUGUGCUAAUGGUGGAGUGUGUAACAAACACAGAAACGGCUGUGACUGUCCUGACGGAUGGACGGGAAUCCUGUGUAAUGAGACAUGUCCAGAGGGCUGGUUCGGCAGGAAUUGCUCGUUGAGAUGUAAGUGUAAGAACGGCGGCGUGUGUGAUCCGCUCGCCGGGAGCUGCCGCUGUCCACCAGGGGUCAGUGGAGAGCUGUGUCAGGACGGUUGUCCCAAGGGUCUCUAUGGGAAGUUCUGUAAUAAGAAGUGUAAUUGUGCUAAUAACGGACGGUGUCAUCGCACUUAUGGGGCGUGUCUGUGUGACCCGGGACUGUAUGGAAGGUUCUGCCACCUACCAUGUCCCAAGUGGACGUUUGGCCCAGGCUGUUCUGAGGAGUGUCAGUGUGUUCAGCAGAAUACCAUAGAGUGUCACCGUCAUCAGGGCACCUGCGUCUGCAAGCCUGGUCAUCGGGGCGACACCUGCAAAGACGAGUGUGAAUCAGGCUUCUUUGGCUCUGGUUGUGAUAAUAAAUGCUCCUGUCCGGCUGGAGUGACCUGUGAUCAUGUGACCGGAGCGUGUCAACCGCAGUGUCCAGCUGGAAAGACAGGAGACAAGUGUGACCAAGAUUGCGUUGAUGGGAGAUUUGGGAUUGGCUGCUCUCAGUCAUGUGACUGCUCGGGGGCACCAUGUGACAGGAUCACUGGCCAAUGCUUGUGUCCCGCUGGAACGUUUGGAAAACAUUGUGAAAAAGAGUGUGCAGAGGGCCGCUGGGGUGUUGGAUGUCAGGAAUCGUGUCCGGCGUGUGAGAACGGAGGCCGCUGUGACCGGCAUGACGGCACAUGUGUCUGCGCUCCUGGAUUCAUCGGCAGAUUGUGCCAGAAUAUGUGUCCCGCGGGGCGCUUCGGUGCGGGCUGUCAGCUCAGAUGUACCUGUGAUAAUGGAGGACGCUGCCAUCCUGUAACUGGACGCUGCUCGUGUCCUCCAGGCUGGACGGGCCACAACUGCAGGAAAGCCUGUGACACGGGCCGCUGGGGUCUGGACUGUGUUAAUGUCUGUGACUGUGGAAGCGGUGACGGAGGGUGUGACGCUCAGACCGGACGCUGUCAUUGUGAGGCGGGCUUCACUGGACCACGAUGUGACCAGAAAUGCCCUGCUGGUUCGUUCGGCCCGGGCUGCAAGCACCGCUGCCAGUGUGAAAACCAGGCAUCAUGUGACCAUGUGGGCGGAGCUUGCACCUGUAAGAUUGGCUGGACUGGAACGUUCUGUGAAAAACCCUGUCCGCAGGGUUUCUAUGGUCUGGACUGUCAGCAGAGGUGUGUGUGUAUGAACGGGGGGCUCUGCGAUCAUGUCAGUGGUGAAUGUGCCUGUCUGCCCGGCUGGAUCGGCCCACAUUGUAACCAAACGUGUCCUGCUGGCCUGUACGGAGUGAGCUGUUCUCAGACGUGUGUUUGUCACAAUAACAGCAGCUGUGACGCUGUAAGCGGUCAGUGUGAGUGCAGCGCAGGGUGGACGGGAGACACCUGCUCACAACUUUGGAAUCUAUGUGAUUGUCUGAACGGUGCUCAGUGUGACCGACAGACGGGUCGGUGUGUUUGUCAGCCGGGCUGGACGGGACUGCGCUGUGAGAACGCGUGUGUAUCCGGGCGGUUUGGAGUCGGCUGUGAGGGCUGGUGUGAGUGUGAUCACGGCACCCCCUGUCAUCAUGUGAGCGGACAGUGUUUCUGUCCUGCAGGAUGGAGAGGAAGACACUGUGAGAAAGCAUGUCUGCCGGGCUCAUACGGUCAGGACUGUGUCCAGCGCUGCUCCUGCCUGCCGGGUACGUCAUGCCAUCACGUGACGGGACGCUGCGGCUGCUCUCCCGGCUACACGGGCAACGGCUGCGAGCAGAUCUGUCUGCCCGGCACCUUCGGCAUCAACUGUAAUCAGCUGUGUCAGUGUUCAGAGAGAAACCAGCUGUGCCACCCAGUGUCUGGAGUGUGUUACUGCGCGCCUGGAUUCACAGGACCCAAGUGUGAACAGGCGUGUGCCGAGGGUUUCUACGGUCCCGGCUGCGAGCGUCGCUGUCAGUGUGUGAACGGAGGCGUUUGUCUUUCAGUCUCGGGCGCCUGUAAGUGUCCGGCCGGAUUCAUCGGGGCCCGCUGUCAUCUCACGUGUCCGGCGGGACGCUACGGGCUGGACUGUGGCCGUGUGGCCGUCUGUGGAAAGGGGGCGAGGAGUGACCCGGUCACCGGCGUGUGUGUGGGAGAGGAAGGUGAGCUGGUAUUCUGUGAGGGUAGAUGUGUGUUCUCAGACGUCUGACAGCAGUGUGUGUGUGUAGGCCGCUCUCAGCGCUGUGACUGCAGUAACAGAGGCCUGUGUGAUGCCGGCUCUGGAAACUGUUCAUGUGGCCUCGGCUGGACCGGCUCGCGCUGUGAGAGAGAGUGUGCCGCGGGUCGCUUCGGUCCUGACUGUGCUCUGCAGUGUUUGUGUCAGAAUAACAGCACAUGUGACCGAGUGACAGGGAGCUGCCGGUGUCAGCCGGGAUAUUACGGUCAUCUCUGUCAACACGCAUGUCCCGCCGGUCUGUUCGGCUCUGGCUGUCAGCAGUUCUGUGACUGUGUGAACGGGGCUUCAUGUCACCCCAGAACCGGACAGUGCCUCUGUCCCGCUGGAUUUCACGGCUCUCGCUGUGAAAGAGAAUGUGAGCAGGGCAUGUUUGGUCUGAAGUGCUCUCGGUCAUGUGACUGUGCGGAGGACACAGCGUGUGACCCAGUGAGCGGCAGGUGUGUCUGUGCCUCAGGAAAGACGGGUGUCCGGUGUGACAGCGACUGCAGUGUGACGCGGUUCGGACCUGACUGUGCGCUCAGCUGUGAGUGUGAGAACGGCGCUCAGUGCGACCGCAGAAGCGGACGCUGCCUGUGUCUCAGCGGCUGGAUCGGCCUCACGUGCUCACAACGGGACCCUCCAGAGGUGGACUCCAGACGUCUAGAGGAGAAUCAGUCCCAGCUCGACACCUCAUAGCGCUAACGCUUACACUGAGCAGCUGCAGCGGGACACAAACACACAGAUGCACUUUACUCUCCCCGACUGCUCCUCACAGCUCAGACUCGAUCCUUCAUCGCGCUUUCAGGGGAUUUUUGUAUUGUCUGUGUUUCAGUACUGUUGUCAGAUUCACUUUUGACUCGACAAGAAAAAAAGUGCCUUUGGAUUUCAUAACACUCUUGUUUACGCUGCUGGAUUGUAGCUAAUAUUAAAGGGUUAGUUCACCCAAAAAUGAAAAUUAGGCUGCGUUUUAC